CAUUGUGACAUAGGGCCUGUAGACAGGCCUGAAAGGUCGCGAACUUGGCAACAAUUGCUUUCGAAACUUUCCGUUCCCUUGCCUGCAUGCGUGACCUACCUACCAUUCGACUGGCAUAGCUCUAUCACUGGAAAGUUAGGGAGAAUGUGCGGAGCUCACGCGUAGUGGCACAACUUGUCGGAGCGCCAAUCUAUAUAAAUUGACCCAGCCGAACGGGGUAAUGGCACUGCCGGAGGAAUACAACUAUGCGGUGGCGCCCUCGGAAGACCUGCUUUGCGCGGUCUGCUACCACGCGCUGCGUGAGCCGCGCUCCUGCCCCCGCUGCAGCGCACCCUUCUGCGAGGUCUGCAUCCAGAAGUGGUUCAGCACUCAGAAGCGCAAGGAGGUGCCCUGCUCCUGCCCCUACUGCCGCGAGCCGCUGCGGCUGUCGCAGCUGCAAACCCCCGCCGCCCUGGCGGCGCGCGCCGACGCCCUGCCCGUACACUGCCCGUACGGCGCCGCCGGCUGCGCCGUCACCGUGCCGCGAUCCGGCCUGGCGGCGCACCUGGCGGGCGAAUGCCCGUACGUCAGUGUACGGUGCCCGGAGUGCCGUACGGAGAUGCCGCGGGAGCGGUUGGCGGCGCACCGCGGGUCAGACGCGUGCCCGUGCCGGCGGCUGCCGUGCCCGUACCGGGAGUACGGCUGCCCCGCGCGGCUACAGCCGGGGGCGCUGGCGGCGCACACGUCGGCGGCUGGAGCUGGCGGCGGCGCGGAAGCGGGCAGUCACAAGCGCUGUAGCAACAACAGCAACGGCAGUAGCAAUGACGGCGGUGACAGUGACGGCAGUAGCAGCAAUGGCGGCGGCAGUAGCAGUGAGGGUCUGGCUGGCGGCUGUCCCUUUGAGCCGCUGCGCUGCGGCGGCUGCGGCGCGGUGGUGCUGCGGGGGCAGGCGGAGGCGCACCGCUGGGGCGGCUGCGCGGCUGCGCUGCCCUGCCCGCACCGCUGCUAUGGCUGUGCCUACGUGGCGCCCUCCCUACCGGACCUGGCCGCGCACGCCAACCCCGCCCGCCCCGGCGGCGGCUGCCGGUACGACCCCGCCGCAACCCACGUGUCCCGCAUGCGUGCCGCCAUGGGGCCCGCACACGCGGCGGCGGCCGGUACGGCAGAGGCGGCUGGCGGCAGCCUGGACCAGCGGCGGCGCGGUUACGGUUACGGCGGCGGCGGCGGCGCCGGCGCCGGCCAUGGUUACGGUUAUGGCGGCGUGACGGCGGCGGCGGCGGAAAUGGCGGCGAUGUACGGCGUCGGGCCGCCGCUGGCGGCGGAGCUGGGGCCCGGCGGCGGCGGCGUCUCGGCCAGCGGCGGUUAUGAUUAUGCUGGCGGUAUCGGUGGCGGCGGUGGCGGCGGCGGCUCGGCGGUUGGUCCGGCGGGCGCCGCCGGCACGUGGGUGCACGGGCUGUUCGUACCGGCGGCGCUGUACCCCGAGGGUCUGCCGGAGGCCGACGUGGCGGCGGCGGCGGCGGCAGGGAGUACGGCGGCGGCGGCGGAGGCGGACGGCAGCGCCGCCGCGGCGGUGGCGGCGGCGGAGCGGCCGUUGUGGCCCUGGGCAAUGGACUCGACUCGCGAGGUGGCGGACGGCGCGGCGGCGGCGCUGGGCGCCAGGAUGUGUGACCGCCGGCAGCUGCGGCGGCGGCGGGACUCGGCUGGCGGCGGCGGCGGCGGCGGCGGCGGCGCUGCCGCCGCCGCUCCUGGCGGGCCGGAUGACGGCGGCGAGCAGCAGCGGUUGGGACGACCAGCAGCGGAGGACGACGCUGGGGAGGAGGGGCGGAAGAGGCGGCGGCAGUACGGCCCGGUCUUCUCGCGCCUCCCGGCGGCGCCAGCGGCACCAGCGGCGGCGGCGGCGGCGGCAUUGACGCCAGUGGCGGCUAGCGCAGCAGCAGCGGAAGCCUCGGCGGCGGCGGCAGCGGCGGCGGCGGUGGAGCUGCCGGCGGCGGUGCAGGGGCUGUUGCGGGAGGUGUGUGGCGAGGUGGACGGCUACGGCUCAGGGGGCGAUGACAUGUUCCUCAUUGGGGAGCAGGACGAGCCCCCGCCGCCGCCGUCACCGCGUACGGCAGCGGCGGCGGAGGCGGCGGCGGCGGCGGCGCCGCCAGGCGCGGUCAGUGGCGGCAGCAGCGGCAGCGGCGGCGGCGGCGCUAUUGGCGAGACGGAUGUGGGCCCGGAUCUGGAUUUGGAACUGCCGGCGGCGGAGCCGCUGUGGUGGCGACGGCGGCGGCAGCCAGCGGAGCCGCUGCAGGGGCGGCGGGCGCGGCGGCAGGCGGCGCCGAGCCGGCGGCCUGACGCUGCGGUGGCCGCUGGCGCCGCCGCCACCGACGGCAUGAACGCCGCCGCAGUGCCGCUAGCAGCAGCGCCGCAACAGCCGCCGCCGCUGCCGCCGCCACAGCCGCCGCUGCCGCCGCCGGUGACGGCUUCCACACUGCAGGUCGGCAUUCGGCCGCAGGGCAUGAUGCCCGGCGCCGGCGGCGCGGCGGCGGCUGACGAGGACGCGGAUCUGGACGGCUCGGAGGCGGCGGCGGCGGCGGCGAUUGACGACGGCCCACUGACGUACCCGGCGUCGGUUGUGUACGGCACCGUCAUUGACCUCGUGGACCGACUGGUAGCCGCCACGCCAACCGCCGCAACGGCCACCGCAACGGCCGGCGGCGCCAGCCCGCCGGCGGCGGAGCCGCCAACCGCCGCCGCCGCCGCCGUACAGGACUGGCGGCGGCCGCCGCCGGGCAGCCGGGAUGCGGCGUUGCUGGAGGCGUUCGAGGGGGAGGACCAAUCAGUGAUGGAUCUGCCGGCCCUGGACACGGCCCUUCACCACGGCUAUAGGGCCUACUGGGCACUCGGGCUACUGCGGCUGGUGCGCCGCCGCUGGCCCGCUGCUACAGCCGCCGCCGCGCUACAGCCGCCGCCGCCGCCGCCGUCGCCGCCACCUGCCACUGCCGCCACUGGCGCUGGCAGUAGCAGCACCGGUGCCGCCGCCGCCACUACUGCUACAGCCACUGCCGCUGCUACAGCCGCUGCUGCUGCUGCUACUGCCGGCCUGUCUCUGGACUGGCGGGCGCUGGCGGCGCUGAACGACUGCGUCACGGCUGUAGCUCGGCGGCUGCUGGGGGCGGCCAUGGCGGUCAUAUGCAGCGAGCUAGUGCAGGAGUCGGCACCCAUGGGCGAGGGCGACGUACUGCUGGCGGUGCAGUCGCUCUUCCCGGCGCCCCUGGCCGCCGAUGCCGCCGCCGCCGCGCGCGCCGCACUGUUGCAGUACGACGACACGCUGUGCGAGCUGGGCGGCGGCGGCGGCGUGUGGGAGGAGACGUGGGGCAGCCUGGGGGGAAAGCUGGAGCUGGGGCUGGGGCUGGGCCGCGUGGCGUGCAUCGUGGGGCAAUACACGCCGCUGCACGGCGAGUUUGCGGAGGGCGAAGACGACGUCCCCAGUGGCGGCGACAGCGACAGCGAAGACAUGCAUGAUGACGAUGAUGAUGAUGUAGGUUAUGAGGACGGAGAUGAUGAAGAUGAGGAUGAAGAUGAUGAUGUCAACGACUACGAUGACACGAUCACGGAUGACACGGACGACGACGGAUCUCUGCCGGGUCUCAUCCGAGCGCAUCGUCGCCACCGCCGCCAUCGUGCCAAUCAUCACACGGAUGAAGAAGAGAAUGAUGAAGGAGAUGGCCAAGGAAUUUAUGAGGAUUACGGCGAAAGCGACAGCGACGAGUGGGAAACCGACGACGAAGACGGCGGCGGCGGCGGCGGCGGCGCAGCCGCCGGCAACGGGCAUGAGGGUGAGACGGCGGCGGCAACGGCGCCGGCGGCGCGGGGCGGGCUGGGUGCGUUCGGCAACGUGCCCGGCAUUCGCGCGCCGGCGGUGGACGCGCGCUGGCGGGCGCUGGAGGCGAUGGGGGCGGCGGCGGCGCGCAGGGGCGGCCGCGGCCGCGGCGGCGGCGGCGGCGGCGGUCUGGUGGUGGUCACUGGUCGGCCUGGUGGUGCUCGUGUUGCUGGUGGCGGUGGUGGUGUUGGAGGUGGUGGUGGUGGAGGUGCAGGUGCAGGUGCCGACGCUGGCGGUGCUGCGUCGGGAGCCGCGGUGGCGGCUGCAGAGGCAGCGGCAGGGGCAGUGGCAGGUGGGGCGGCCGGGAUGCAGGCAGGCGCUGAAGCUGGUGCUGGCGGCACUGGCGGCGGCGGCGGCGACGGUGGCGGCGGCGGUGGCCAGUCGACCAGGGAGGCGCAGCGGCAGCAGCUGCGGCAGCUGGUGGCGGCGCGGAUGCAGGCGGCGGCGGCGCGGCGGCAGGCGGCGGCGGCGGCGGCGCUGGCGACGCCGCUGGCGGGGAUGACGCUGGGGCCAGGCCCGUCGGCUCCAGCUGCUGCUACAACCGCUCCUGCUGCUACAGCCACUGCUGCUGCUGCAGCCCCCGCCGCCAGACUGCCACCGAUGCGCGGUCGUCAUGUGGGGGAGGCGGCGGCGGCGGCGGCGGCGGCGGCGGCGGGAGGCGAGGACGAGGAGUCGGGCGAUCGGGAGAGCGCAGAGCAGGGAGACCAGCAGCCGGCUGCUGCUGCAGCCGGCCCUUCGGCCGACGGCAGUGGCGGCGCCGCCAGCCCGUCCCCCGCGACCACGGCUGCUGCUGCUACUGCCGUGCCCGCGGCAUCAGCAGCGCCGCCGGCUGCUGCUACUGCCGGUCCUGCCGCCGGCACCGCUGCCAGCGGCGGCGCGGCACCGGCUCCGGCGGCGCCGCCGCCGCCGGCCGCAGAGCACUGGUGGCAGCGGCGGCUGCCGCGCCUGCGCGGCGGCGGCGGCGGCGGCGCCAGCGCCCGCGGGGCGCGAUCCGGCACCAACACAGGCAGCGGCAGCGGCAGUAGCAGCGGCAGCGGCGGCAGUAGCGACAGUGGCAGCAUCACGGAGCUCGAUGUCGUCUCGUACGGCGGCAGUAGCAGCAGCGGCAGCGGGCGUCAGGGGGACGCUGACGUGCGGGGGGUGGUGGCUCUGGCCGCGGUGCUGGAGUGGUUUGCCACGCGCGUGCUGGAGACGGCGGUGGCCUACGCCGACGCGGGGCUCAUGCGCCUGGCCACCAGCACCGGCAGUAGCAGCAGCAGCAGCAGCCACGGCAGUAGCAGCCACGGCAGUAGCAGCCACGGCAGUAGCAGCGCGCCGCCGGCGACGCUGGUGCUACAGCCCUGGCACCUGCAGCUGGCGCUGUCGGCCUCGCCUCUGGGCCGGCUACUGCCGCCGCCGCCGCCGCCGCCCGACAUACACGCCGACCUCCCAACCGCCGCGCCCGCCCUGCCGUACGCCGUGCACAGUACGGUUGCCGCCGCCAGUGGCGGCGGCGGCGCCGCAACCGGUGUUGCCGUACGGGUGCCGUACGGUGGCGUGCCGGCUUACGGCAUGUCGUACAUUGGCGGCGACGCCGGGUCGCGCCUGCUGGGCGCGCUGCCGCUCGUCCACCUAGGGCGGCUGCUGGCGUCACUGGCGCUACAACCGCUGUCUGCGCUGCUACUGCUUGCCAGCGCGCCGGCGGCGGCUGCAGCGCCGGCGGCAGUAGCAGCGGCUGGGGCGGAAGGCAUGGAGGUGGAUGGCGGCUCCGGUGUCGGGGCAGCAUGGCAGCAACAGCAGCAGCAGCAGCAGCUACAGCCGCUGAUGUGCCCGCUAGAUUUGCUGUGCUACUGCGGCGGACCAGCCGCCGCUGCCGCCGCCGCCGGUACUGGCGCGUCCGCGCCGAUGGCCCCGGCGGCGGCGGCGGCGGCGCGGCCGGCCUGCUCUUACUGGUCCGGCCACCAGUGCCCGAGCUGUCAUGAUCUGUCGUGCCGCGUCCGCCGCCGCCUCCCCUUUGACACGCGCGUCAAGCUGGCGGCGGCGACGCUGCGCGCCGCUUACACCGGCGCCGCCGACGCAGCGGUGGCGUCGGCUGCGGGUGUGCAACACGGCGGCGGCGAGGGCGCCGCCGGCAGGCGUGCUACUGCCACGGACAGCGGCAGCAUCAGCAGGCUGAGCAACAGCGGCCAGCGCUGGUCGCUGAGCGGCGGUCGCGGCGGCGAGGCGGCGUCAGAGACGCUGCCGCGUGCUACUGCCGCUGCCGCCCCCGCCGCCGCCGCCGCCGCCGCCGCCGCCACUGGCGAUAAUGGCGACGACGGCGACGAAGUAGCGGAGUUGCUGGAGCUGCUACAGCCGCCGCCGGCGCUGCCGCCGCCGUCCGACGUUGCGGCGAUGGCGUUCGGCGGCGCGCUGCGCUGCGAGCUGCUGGCGGCGCUACUGCCGCCGCGGCUGCGGCCGCUGCUACAGCCGGCGGCGCUGGCGCACGCUGCGCGGCUGUCCAACCCGGGGCUUGCUACAGCCCUCAUCCGGAUCUACCACCUCCAGGUGCCCGUAUGGUGGCGGCAGCCCGGCGACUCGGCUGUAGCAGGCGCCGCCGCCGCUGCGGCAGUAGCAGCAGCGGCAGCUGCUGCAGCCACCGCUGCCGCCAAACCUAGCACUGAAGCUGACGCCGCUGCUGCGCCAACCGCCGCCGCCGCCGCCACGGACGUGGCGGCGGCGGCGGCGCUGUCGGAGGCUGUAGCGGCGGCGGUGCGCCCCGACGCAGGCUGGCUGGCGGCGCUACAGCCGCGGCUGCUGGAGGUGGCUGACGUGGCGGCGGCGGCGGCGCUGUGCCGCGACAUUGGCGCCGUGCUGUACGGCGGCGGCGGCAGCAGCGGCAGCAAGCUGCAGGGCGGGGCGGCGAGUGAGGCGGCGGAGGCGAGUGGGGCGGAGGCGGAGGCCGCCGGCGACCACGAUGACGAUGAUGGGGAGCAGGAGUUGGACGAGGAGUAUGUGGAUGAGUUUGUGACCGUGCUAGGCGGCGGCGGCGGCAGUAGCAGCGGCGGCGGCAGCAGCCGCCUAGCCGGCUGUAGCUUCAGCGAGUUGCCGACCUGCCUGCCGCGCUCGGCGUUCUUGGGCCUGUUCGCCGAGGCCUGGGAGGCGGUGCAGGCCCAGCGCGAGGCAGCCGCCGCCGGCGGCAGUAGCAGCGGCGGCGGCGGCGGCGCAAAUGGCCCGGCAGUAGCAGUGGCGGCGGCGGCGGCGGUGCCAGGCGCUGCCGCCCCCGUGGCACCCUCGUCGCCAGGCGGCGGUGCUGCUGAUACCGCUCAGGUCGCACCGGCGGCGCCGGCGGUGGCGGCGCCGGGGGCAGGCGGCGGCGCCGCCACUGCCGCUGCCAACGCCGCCAGGAUCCCGCCGCCGGCCAUGGGCGUGGCGUCGGCGUCGCCAGCGCGGCGUUACUCAGCACUAGCGGCGGCGGAGGCGGCGGGGCAGGCCGCCGCCGCCGAGGCAGCGCGGCUGGCGGCGACGCGGCAGCGACAGCCGCCGGCCGAUGCCGCCGCCGCCGCCGCUGGCGACACCGGCGGCCCUGCGGGCGCGACCGCCGUCCCGGCAGCAGCGCCUGAAACUGCCCCUGGCGGCAUCGCACCCGCCCCUGGCGCCGCCGCCACCGCUGGCGCCGAGCCGCUGGCCUGGUCUGCGGACGCCUUGGCCCUGAUGCACCGGGCGGCGGAGAUGGCGCUCAUUGAGGGGGUGGCGGAGCUGGCGGCGGGCGGCGGCGGCGCCGGCGGCGCGCACCGCCACCGCCACCACGGCGGCGGCGGCGGCGCCGGCGGCGGCGGGGGGUCGGUCACUGCCAUGGGAGCCGGCUGGGGCGGUGGUGGUGCUGGCGGCGGCGGCGGCGCCGGCGGCGGCGGCGGCGGCGGCAGCUUGGGGUGGGGCGGGUCGGGCGCGUGGUGAGCGAGGUGUAUGCCGUGGCGGCUCACACCGUUCUGUGUUAAAGACAGUGUGUGCGUUAAAGCAACGCGACGGCAUACGGUUGUGUGUGUGUGUGUGUGUGUGUGUGUGUGUGUGUGUGUGUGUGUGUGUGUGUGUGUGUGUGUGUGUGUGUGUGUGUGUGUGUGUGUGUGUGUGUGUGUGUGUGUGUGUGUGUGUGUGUGUGUGUGUGUGUGUGUGUGUGUGUGUGUGUGUGUGUGUGUGUGUGUGUGUGUGUGUGUGUGUGUGUGUGUGUGUGUGUGUGUGUGUGUGUGUGUGUGUGUGUGUGUGUGUGCGUGUGUGUGUGUGUGUGUGUGUGUGUGUGUGUGUGUGUGUGUGGACAGCGAUGGGCAGCCCAAGGGCCCCAGGGCCCCACGCGAAGCGGGUGCAUGUGCGAGGGUGAGCGGGUUCGCUAGUGGGUGCUGCCGCGCAGACUGCGAUGCACUGAUGUGGGCCGUGGUGUGACGCGGUUGAGCAUGGGGAGAGCAAGGGCAGGGCUGGGGUUAGGUCUGUGCCCGGCAGUGUUGCAGUGUGGUGAAUGGCGGGUGGAGGGUGGAGCCGCCAGCAUGGGGGCGCCGAGCCAAGCGGCGGCGGUGGGUUGCCGGUGGACGGGCUGGACUGCAUGGCGGGGGGGGGGGGAGGGGGUCGAAUAUUGUUGGGCGCGACGUUGCGGGGGGACAGUGUGCUUUGGGCACACAUAAUUACGGAGGCCGCCGAAUGGUGCUUCAGGUGCGAUAGGUGCCCCUGCUGCGGGCGAGUGCUGGCGGUUAGUACUGCUAUGGCGGUUGGGACUCGCUCUGUCGGUCCUCCUGAUGAGGUACUGCACCCAUGUGCAACAGAACAGGCGGGCGGGGUCUCCGGCGCGGCAUGAGGGCAGACGGGGGCAAAGGUUUGGGCGGAAGGCUGGCCCAGUGGCCUUACGCCUGUCUCACUGACACGCUUCCGCCACGGCGCAAGCCUGUCACGACGGGGGGUAACGGGGUGUCAAUGCAACAGAAUGGUGGGAAAUAGUAUUGUCAAGAAGCCUGGGAGUGGGACCACUGCAGUGGGACCAUGUGCAACUCCCGGUGGGCCAGGGGACCAUGCCUGGCCAUGAAAGCGACAGAUGGCAGAAUCCUGUCGACUACAAAG